AGGUGCCUCGCCGUAGGCGCCGAUGUAACGGUGACGCUCGGGUCGCCUGUGGCCUCCUUUUUACGUGACGCGUUCCUCCUGCGGCUUCGGCGAUUCGUGUAACUGUACAUUCGUUCGUGUUAGCCCGCUUAAGCCGACCCGAGGAAGAGGCGCGUGAAUACCUGGUGUCCCGAUAUUAUACGCAUUCAUCGAACGGUCGAAAAAUAAGAAAGAAUGGAACACAAACUUCUUGCCUCAUCUCUCGCAAAAGCGAAAGGGGAUUUCGGUUUAUCCAUCGGACGAGGGUAAAGGAAUUUAUUUAACGCUGCGGUAUAAGUGAUUCCACGUGCGAGACUCAGCGAUCGUUCAUUUCGGCAUUAAUAUUUAUGCUACAAAAUGAGAAAAAUAGUCCCAGCGAGACUUUCACUUGCCAGCUCGGCGAACGCUGCUUCUGUGUCUCGAGUUUUCUGGGGAAAUAAAGACCGGUCGAUAACACGAAGAACGAAGGUCGUUCUACCAGGGAUUGGGGGAUUAAAGGAUCUUCAUUCGGGAUUCAGGAACGAUCAGGACGCCAAUAUCUUCGCUCGGGAAAGACCGGGCUGCUGAGGAAUCGGUGGGAGGGAACGUGCUUUGACGAUCUGCAAUUUCGCGGCUGUUAAGGCGGAGGAAACAGUCCGGAAAAAACACCGUGGAAGAUCGUCACCCUCGAGUGGCCGUCCGAGAUCAUCGUCGGCGAGGACACGCGCGCUCGGUGCAACGGAAUCCCACGAUGGUCCUCGCGGCUCCCAGUCGAGUCCUGGAAGAGAAGCGCUAAACGAAGCGCGCGAGGAACCGCAGGCAGAAAAAUGACCGUCGCGAUGGAGCACAAGCGGAAGAGCUCGUGGGACUCGAAGAUCUCAGUGAGUACGGUGAGCACCAGGAGAUUCAGCCGAGCCGGGACACCAAGUUCUAUCUUGUCUUCCGACAGCGACAUCCGCUUCACCAGAAAGCUCGGCGGCCAAUACCGUUGCGGAUGCUGCGUCCUCGCCGCCUUCUUACUCUUCCUCCUCUUUUCGGGCGUCUCCAUAUACCUGGGCUACACAUUCCUCACCACGGACCCACCCAGCGACCAGAUAUUCCUCGCGACAUUCCGCGUCAUCAAGGGUGACUCCUUCACCGCGGAACUGGCGGACCCCUCCACCGAGGCAUUCCGACUGCGAUCGCGGGAGUAUCGCGAUCGCCUCAAUCUCAUCUUCCGUCGCAGCUGGCUGAAGAUAUCGUUCCUCGCAUCGGACGUCUUGGCGCUCGACGGAACCGAAGGUCGCGACUUGGUGGUACACUUCGACGUGAAAUUUGACCCACGAUAUCAGACAAUAACUACCGGCAAUAUUGUGGACAUUCUGUCUCGAGAGUUGAGCCCGGAAACCUCGCGAUACCUCGCGAAUCUGACGAUAGAGGCGAAGAGUCUUGAGGUGCAAGAAAGUCUGAAGGCCCUCAAUGCGCAGAUCAGCCUGCAAUCGACCGUCUCGACGUUACCGCCGACGACGACAGCCCCUCCGCCGAGAAGAUGCAGUAAGCUGGACUUACCCUACUGCAAACAUCUGCCGUAUAAUAUCAGCUCGUACCCGAAUAUAUUAGGGCACAGGUCGCUGGCUGAUGUCGAGGAAGAUGUUAUCGCUUUCAGGGAGUUAGUGGACGCGGAAUGCUAUCCGUUGGCCUACGACUUCGUCUGCCAGGCACUGCAGCCCGCGUGUCGAUCGAGUCAGCCGGAGGAUCUGCUGCAAUUGCCUUGCCGCAGCUUCUGCAGGGAGUUCUGGAACGGAUGCGGCAGUCGUCUCCCCGAGAAGAUCAAACGCGCCUUGGAUUGCUCCAAUUUUCCGGAGUACGUCGACCCUGGUAGUUGCAGACCGAAACCAGGAUGCGUCCAAGCACUUCAGUCGAAGGCUCUGUCCCCGAGGAUUUGCGACGGCAUAAUCGACUGUCCGGAUCUUUCGGACGAGAAGAACUGCGCCUAUUGUCGAGAUGGUCACAUGCACUGCGGAGUGGGAAGAGCUUGCAUACCGCAAGCGAAGCGAUGCGACGGCAAGGCGGACUGUCCGAAUGGCAGCGAUGAGAAAGAUUGCCUGUUUUUAGCACCGAGCGUUCAAGCGUUAAGAUCGCAAUCAUGGAGCACACCGCACGCCGCGAGAUACAUCAAAGAGGGCUACGUUGUGUUCAAUGAAAAAGGCACCGUCGGGAAGCUUUGUACGGCGAACUUAAACGCUACCCUCCCGGAAACGGAGAUGGAUAAUGUUUUGCAAACAGCAGCGAGCUCGUUGUGCACUUUACUCACUUAUUCCGGUGUCGCUUUCGUCGAAGUACGAAUUGACGAUGAGGAGGAUGUUCCUUAUGUCUACAUGGAAGACCCAUCAGCACCGGAAAUAACUUUCGUCAGAGCUCCUUGUCCCAGCAAGGAAGUACUAUACGUUCAAUGCUCCGAUCUCGAGUGCGGGAUACAACCUUUACGUGCUAAUGGCGGCACCGAAGGUCUCAAUAAAAUGGCAGAACCCGGAGACUGGCCUUGGCACGUUGCAUUAUUCAAGGAAGGCGUCCACGUUUGCGACGCCACUCUGGUGGCGGAUAACUGGUUGCUCACAACCGCGUAUUGUUUCCAAGGUCAACCAAAAGCCGAAUGGUCCGCCAGACUCGGCGUCGUACGGCUCUCGAGCACUUCACCUUGGCAACAAGAACGUAGAAUCAUCGGCAUGAUUAAAUCACCGGUGGAAGGCACGACCGUUCUGGUGAAAUUGGACAGACCGGUGACGACCUUUUCGGACUUCGUGAGACCGGUUUGCCUGCCCUCCAGCGAGGAUCCACCGAGCAACGCGUCGCAAUGCAACACUCUCGGCUGGGCUAGAAACCGCGAUUUGCUGCAAAGGGUACAACUCAAACACAGCGAGAUGGAGAGGUGCGAAAAUAUUAGCAUCCCGUCAGUAAACAGUGUUUGCACCGAGCAGGCAUACUCCAUGGACGAUUGCAACGAGGAGGAACUCGCCGGCAGUCCAAUGCUGUGCCUUCAAGCGGAUAAUCGGAAAUGGGCACUGAUGGGCAUCGGCAGUUGGAGGAUAGCCUGUUCAAAAGACGGCAUUGAGAGACCUCGACUGUAUGAUAAAAUUUCGUCACACAUUGAUUGGAUCAAAUCUACUAUCGGCUGAGACUUCGCACCGAGUUUAUCGCAUGUAUUUAACGCAUGCACGACGGCAACCGAACGAAAGGAAAAAAAGACACAUCCAUCGCACUCCAACUUGGGACUGAUAUCGAAAAUCGAAAUUGCUAAUUUCUUCCUCAAUAUUGUUUCCGUGUUACGCAAGUACACUCGAUCGCGUCUGUUUCGUACGAGUGCAAACGAGUUGCUGCUAUUAGCGCGUCGCUUCGUCAGGUAUGAAGAAGUCGUAUCCUGCGUUCUUGUAAAUAUAAGUAUCUUAAUCUAGGAUGCGAGAGUCCUUCGUUACCGUGGCAUAAUUCUUUAACUUAUUUUUCUCGUCCUAUAUACGUAUAUAGAACGUAAAAAAUGUAUA